UUUCAACUAUGCUGCUCUGUUACCUGUUGCUUCCGUGGUUCUUUUUGUUUUUGACAUUGCCAGAAUCGAGAGCUGAAAAACUUUGUAGCCAAGUUCUAAGAAUGUCUUUCGUUCCUAUUCCAGAAAACAGCGAUUUUCCGUUGGAAAACUUACCCUACGGUAUAUUUUCUACAGCAGACAAGUGUCAACCUAGAAUCGGAGUUGCCAUCGGGGAACAUAUCCUCGAUCUUAACGCAGUUGCCCACUUGUUUAAUGGGCCAGAACUGAAAAACAGUCAACAUGUCUUGAAAGAGGGUUCCCUAAACAGUUUCAUGGGAUUAGGACCUAAAGCAUGGACCGAAGCAAGAAAAACAUUGCAAGAUCUUCUAUCGGCUGGCAAUAAAACACUAGAGGAUAAUGUUGAUUUGAGGAAAAGUGCUUUGGUGUUGCAAUCAGAAGCAACAAUGCACCUUCCAGCUAAAAUUGGUGACUACACAGACUUCUACUCUUCUAUUAUUCAUGCUUCAAAUGUUGGAGAAAUGUUUAGAGGUAAAGAUAAUGCUCUCAUGCCCAACUGGAAGUAUUUGCCUGUUGGAUACCACGGUCGCUCGUCAUCGAUUGUCGUUUCUGGAACACCUGUUCGCCGUCCCAUUGGUCAGACGAGACCGAAUGAUGCUGAACCACCUGUUUUUGAUAAAUGCAAACUUCUGGACUUUGAAUUGGAGACAGCUUUCUUCGUUGGCAAAUCAAAUCCUCUCGGCAGUCCCGUAUCCAUGACAGAAGCUGAUCAACAUAUUUUUGGAAUGGUCCUGAUGAACGACUGGAGUGCCCGCGAUAUUCAAAAAUGGGAGUACGUCCCGUUAGGUCCGUUUUUAGCCAAGAACUUUGGAACAACAAUUUCACCGUGGGUUGUUACUAUGGAGGCUUUGGAACCGUUCAAGGUUCCCAACUAUCCUCAAGAUCCCGAACCAUUUCCGUAUUUGAAGCACGCUGAUGACUAUAAUUUUGACAUCAACCUUGAAGUAUCUAUCAAGCCGGGUGGGUCGGAAAAGGAAGCUGUCGUCAGUCGGUCGAAUUUUAAGUACAUGUACUGGACCAUGAAACAACAGCUGGUGCAUCACACCAUAACCGGAUGCAAUCUACAACCUGGCGAUUUACUUGGUUCUGGAACCAUCAGUGGACCGACUACUGACGCAUUUGGAUCCAUGCUCGAGCUUAGCUGGCGUGGUACUCGACCAGUCGAGUUGGGCGAUGGUAUUACACGCAAAUUUAUACUCGACGAAGACGAGGUCAUCAUAAGAGGACAUUGUAAACGAGACGGUCUACGUAUCGGAUUCGGAAAAUGCACAGGAAAGAUUCUUCCUGCUAUUUCCUUAUAAUUGAAAGUCAUUUACUCAAAGCAGUUGAUUAAAUCAAAAUGCUCGUUAGUUAUUUUGUAGACAUGUUUAUCGAUUGUGGUGGAAGGAAAAGAUCUAUCAGUUAACGUUGAAAUAAAAAUUCGGUUGUUCAACUUUAA